GACAAACUAGCUCAGAAUUCAUUUCUUGCCUUUUACCAGAGAUGACCGUGGUUCAUGCCCAUUAUACUCCGUUCAUUCAAUCUUUGCAACCAAUCUUCUGUAUUCAGAAUCCUCUUUUUUAUGCUUUUUUUGAUCAUGGUUUAGUGCAGGAAAUUCGGUUUGGUGAUCUUUUUUGUCAAUCGCUUGCUCCCCAAUUGAGGUUUUACGAAGCGAGGUGAAUGGAUGGUCAGCCACUCCACCUCAUCUUUGAUUUGGCAAGGCUACGCAGAACUUGGCACUCAUCUGCCAACUUUCUUGCCUUUGCGAUUUGAGCCAUAUCAAUUCAGGCAUUUACUUUUUGUACCUGCAAUUCUUCUUCUUGUUGACUCAUUUUGACAUACUUCUGAUUCCCAAACGUUUCAGAAACUACGGCUGCCUCAGAAAGAUUAGGCAUCGAAAAUAGGAGCGAGCAAACAACUCUGCCUUGGAUCAUCGCCCAAGUACAAAAGGCUACAAGUAUAGCAGAGGGCACAACAAGGGCCGGCUAAAAUCGUCAUCUGAAUCUUCUCAGAUCAAAUCCUACAAUCUCCGAAAAGAGCACACUCACACUCUCGUCAACUUUCAAAAUGUCGGGUUCCUUUCGCAGUACACCCCUCUUUGGCGGGGCUCUCAUCGUGGACCUCCCCUCCAACUUCGCCGACGUCAGGUAAAGUCCACCCAGCCUUUACAUAUCUCAUCACCACAUAUUAACUCGAUAACGCAGCACCAUCCGACAAGUUCCCGAUCAUCAAGAAGUCUACCUCGAUAAAGAUGGCUUCACAAGCAUCAUCUUCGACAUUACAGAACGAGUCGGUCAACCCGGCAGCGGCCCAGCCAUCGACGGCGCAGCCUUGACCACGCAUCUUGAAGAUAUCGUCGAUUCCGACGACGAUACAGUUCAAGUCUGGAGCACGACUAACACGCAAUUUUCCAAACUUCCGUAAGUCAUUUCAUGUUUUCCCUCCGCCCCGGCCCCCUCAUUUCAUUAUUUUACAUAAUUGAUCACGUGUUCAACAACUAAAUCAAAUCAGAGAAGACACACCAUGCUACACAUUGAUUGCCACGCAAACACCUCCUCCAGCGCCGGGUUCCAAGGCUCCUGAUUUCACGGCAAUCGUACUAACGCUUAUUCGGCUGGAGAAGGAGAGCACAGAUAUUCUGAUUACGAUCAAUGUCCCGCAUAUCAAGGGUGAGUAUACGGAGGAGGAAGUCGAUAUGCAGAUGGGGAAACAGGGCAAGUUGAUUGCGAACAGUGUUGAGAUUGCGGCGAGGAUUUGGGAAACUUUCAAGAUUAAGGAUUGGGGUCUUUUCAAUGAGGUUUGAGGGGUGCUUGCUUGGUUGAAGGGAAGAAUGGAUAUUCUCGGGGAUUGGGAGGCGGAAUUGAAAGCAAUGGGUAGUUUUGCCUUUGGACUUUGCCUUGGAGGAUGCGAGAUGAGUCUUAUGGGAGAAUGGAUGAAAUAAAUGAGGUGCUUUUUUUCCUCCUCGCGGAAUGUAUGCAAAUGGAGCUUAGCGAUGUUUUUGUUGGUCCGGACAUCAGGGAAACCGAUUUCCAGGGAAUGUUGGAAGAAUACGAUCCCUUUUAUGUAGGUAGCUAGUUUGAUGAAAAUGGAAUCCGUAUGACAAAGUGC